AUGUCCACCAGUCGUGUAUUUCCAGAAUCACAUCUCAAAGACUCAACUGAUCCUCAUUAUGUUUCCUUAUCUAUAUUGGAUGCAACGACUACUAAUUUCUCUCCUACCUGCGCCACGUGGAUAUACAAUCCACCAAAAGACACUCACACAGUAUCUACACAACAACUCGUGAUUUCUUUACAGAAAACUCUUGAUGCAUAUCCUCAUUGGGCUGGUCAACUGCAAUACGUAUCUUACAACGCUAAUGGAGAUCAUACUCAACGUUUCGAACGUUUAGGCGUCCUAUAUGGUGCGAAAUCAGAUCCAGGCGUCGAAGUAGUCAUUGCACAACGUCCAGAAAUCGUCUCAUCAUUCGUACCUACUGCAGCAGAACGUGAAGUAGGUUCCGGAUUGUGGAAUCCUGAAGAAACAUCUUUGGCAGAAUUGGUUCCAACGGCUUCCUCGCUCGCACUACAUGAUUUAGUUCAUUUUGAAGGUCUGCCAGCAAUGAUGGUUCAGUUGACCAGCUUCGCAUGCGGAGGAUUAGCCAUCUCCAUCAAACUUGCGCAUCCGUUAGCAGAUGCUCAAUCGUUAAUGGGUUUCGCACAUAAUUGGGCAGCUAUCAAUCGUGCUUUAAUUACCAAUGAGCCAUUACCUUCAUUGUGUCCAAUUUUUGAGCCUGAACAACUAGAUCGAGCAGCGUCAGGCAACAUUGAUGCAUCCAAUCCAGAUCCUAAACUGAUUGAAGCUGCACGUAAUCUUCCUUUGCAUCGUUAUGAUUGUUGGGCUUCAUUAGAUGGCUCUCCUUCGUUCAUGGCACAACUCACCAAGAUUCCAUCUGAAUUAGAUAGUAACACUAUUAAAUUAGGUAAACCUUUAUCAUGGUCAGAAUGGGAUCUCACUGCACCUGUCUCUCACUAUCUUGUGAGUUUUACUGUGGAUGAAAUAAAGAACAUGUGGGAAGAUGCUUCAUCAAACUCCGAAAUACGAAUCAGUCGACUUGAUGCGCUUCUAGCACACAUUUGGAUGCUCAUUAUUUGA